AUGUCAGGUCUCGACGUUGAGGCUCUCCUUGAGUCCACUGCCGCCCCUACUACUCAGCAACCCGACGACCGCUCGAAGGCCGAAAAUGGUGACCGACGUGAUGAGCGUGACCGCUCGCGCGAACGGGACCGCAAAAGGCGGGAUCGCAGCCGGGACAGACGCCGCUCUAAAGAUGCCGACGGAGAUGAUGACAUGAAGAGCCCAAGAAGCGAACACGGCAGUGCUAACGGAAGCCAUAGAAGUAGGAAGAGGAGCAGGAGCCGCGAUAGCGAUCGUCGGCGGGCUCGUCGUGACCGUCACGGCGACGAUUAUCGAUCGAAUGGUGAUUUCUACCGUGGCGGCGGCCGCGCUCGCACCCGAUCUCGAUCUCCUUAUGAUGACAGAUACUACCGUCCCUCGGGCCGUUCCCGCCGGGAUGAGCGCGAUGAAGAAAGGCGUCCUCGCCGUGAACGUGAAACUCGCAAGCGAAGCGACUCCAGAGAUAGAAGCCCAGAGCUCAACGAGGACGAACGUGACCGGCGCACUAUCUUCGUACAGCAACUCGCCGCACGGCUGAGAACCAAGGAGCUGAUCGCCUUCUUCGAAAAGGUCGGACCAGUCAAGGAAGCUCAGAUCGUAAAGGACCGUGUUAGUGGAAGGUCUAAAGGUGUCGGUUACGUCGAAUUCAAAGACGAGAGUUCCGUUGCGCCUGCUAUCCAGCUUACAGGACAGAAACUUCUAGGAAUCCCCAUCAUUGCACAAUUGACGGAAGCUGAGAAGAACCGUCAAGCCCGCAAUUCAGAGGCCAGCAGUGGCAACAAGCACUCUGCACCCUUUCACAGGCUUUAUGUGGGUAAUAUUCAUUUCAGUAUCGAUGAGAAUGACCUUCAGAGUGUCUUUGAGCCAUUUGGCGAACUUGAAUUUGUUCAGUUGCAGAAGGACGAAACCGGCAGAAGCAGAGGCUAUGGUUUUGUGCAGUUCCGUGAUCCAAACCAGGCCCGGGAAGCAUUGGAAAAGAUGAACGGCUAUGACCUUGGUGGUCGGGCGAUCCGCGUUGGCCUUGGCAACGAUAAGUUCACCCCUGAGAGCACUCAACGUACCCAGAGCCAGAGUGCAAACCAAAGUAACUUCCAGGGCUCUUCGUUCUCAGGCUCUGGCGGACGUGGUGUACAAGCUGGGGGCACCAACAAUUUCGAUCGUGCUGGGGGUCGUGAAUCUGAAAAGGGAACCGGUGCCAGUGCAUUGGAUGACACAGAUGUUGCCGGUGUGAACUUCAACAACUUCAGUAGAGACGCAUUGAUGAGGAAGCUUGCAAGAACAGAUGAACCUGCUGAGCCUUCUACAGACGACAAGCAGCAGAAGAUACUCUUGCCGAAGACUGAAGCGAAGCCGUUGCCAGUUAAUGUCAAUAUGGCGAGUCGGUGUGUUUUGCUUCGCAAUAUGUUUGACCCGGCUGAGGAAGAGGGCGAAGCCUGGAUCAAGGAGCUGGAGGAUGACGUCCGCGCUGAGUGCGAAGAAAAAUAUGGCCAUGUUGUUCACAUUGCACUAGAUCCGAAUUCCCAGGGCGACAUCUACCUGAAGUUCGACCGCGUCCAGGGCGGAGAGAACGCAAUUAAGGGUCUCAACGGACGAUUUUUCGGCGGUAAACAAAUUACUGCGCAACCUGUCGUCGACGCUGUUUACAGCAGCUUGUUUUCCCGAACAAAAGCGAUCUGA